CUGGAGUGAUGGGAAGUACCGGCGCACCUUGACUCCGAGGAGGAUUCCUGACCCGGUGGCAUGCUCAGGCGCGGGUGACCCGGGUGACCGCGCGGGAAGCGUGAGAGGAGGAGGAGAGGAGGAGAGGAGGAGAGGAGGAGGAGGAGAGGAUGAGGAGAAAUCUCUCCGCCGCGGGCUCUCUGCUCGCCUGGAAGCUGCUCCUGCUGAUGCUCAGCUGGAGCCGGUGUAAGGAGAUGGACCACGCAGCGAGGACACGACAUGCACUCAUGUCUCCGUCCGACUUCCUGGACAAGCUGAUGGGGAGGACGUCAGGGUACGACGCCCGGAUAAGACCCAACUUCAAAGGUCCGCCCGUCAACGUCUCCUGCAACAUUUUCAUCAACAGCUUCGGCUCCAUCGCUGAGACCACCAUGGACUAUCGCGUGAACAUCUUCCUCCGCCAGCAGUGGAACGACCCGCGGCUGGCGUACGCCGAGUACCCCGACGACUCUCUGGACCUGGACCCGUCCAUGCUGGACUCCAUCUGGAAACCAGACCUGUUCUUCGCCAACGAAAAGGGAGCCCACUUUCACGAAGUCACCACGGACAACAAGCUGCUGAGGAUAUUCAAGAACGGCAACGUUCUGUACUCUAUCAGACUAACCUUGACGCUGUCGUGUCCCAUGGACCUGAAGAACUUCCCCAUGGAUGUCCAGACCUGCAUCAUGCAGCUGGAGAGCUUCGGGUACACCAUGAACGACCUGAUCUUUGAGUGGCAGGAGAACGGGCCGGUCCAGAUUGCCGAGGGCCUCACGCUCCCACAGUUCAUCCUAAAAGACGAGUCGGACCUCAGAUACUGCACCAAGCACUACAACACAGGUAAGUUCACCUGCAUCGAGGUGCGCUUCCACCUGGAGCGUCAGAUGGGUUACUACCUGAUCCAGAUGUACAUCCCAUCCCUGCUCAUCGUCAUCCUGUCCUGGGUCUCCUUCUGGAUCAACAUGGACGCCGCCCCGGCCAGAGUGGCGCUGGGCAUCACCACCGUCCUCACCAUGACGACGCAGAGCUCUGGCUCCAGGACCUCGCUGCCAAAGGUCUCCUACGUGAAGGCCAUCGACAUCUGGAUGGCGGUGUGCCUCCUCUUCGUCUUCUCAGCGCUGCUGGAGUACGCUGCUGUCAACUUUGUGUCGAGGCAACACAAGGAGCUGCUUCGAUUCAGGCGGCCCAAGAACAAGAGCAAGAACGCCGGCGUCGACCCGGAGGAGCUGGCCCGGUCCCUGCGCCGCGUUCACGCUGACAACGGCCUCAAACCUUCAGAGCCCGUGUACGGAUCUAUGAGCAGCUUCUGCACCGGCCGCCGCAGGGAAGGGGAGCUCCAUGAGAGCAAGACGGCGUCCACGGUUGCCGCGACGUCCACCCCCAGCAUCACCAAGGACUCCAAGGUCAGCGUCAACAACGCUGUCAGUGUUGUGAGCGCCGCCGGCGCCGCCGGAGCCCCCGGAGCAAACCCUACCCAGAACCCCCCUGGGGCGGCGGGGGGGCGCGGCAAGGGGAAAAGCACGGAGGAGAUGAGGAAGCUGUUCAUCGACCGGGCCAAGAAGAUCGACACGGUGUCGAGGGCGGGCUUCCCUCUGGCCUUCCUCUUCUUCAACAUCUUCUACUGGGUCCUCUACAAGAUCCUGCGACACGAAGACGUGCUCAAGCAGUAGAGGCCGUGCACGUCCCCCUAACAGCGCCGUGAGCUCCGGGUGCUGAAACAUCAGACGUUUAAUGUACGUGUCCGGAAAACGUUCAGCUGUAAACUCGUUAGAGACCAUCUCCUGCAGCCGUCGGCCAUCCCCAGGAACCAGGAACCAGGAACCAGGUCCCGGUCCACCACCGUGGGUCCUGAGGAACCAGGUCCCAGUCCUCCACCUCUGGUCCAGAGGAACCAGAUGUGGUCCACCACAUCUGGUUCUGAGCUCCUCGUCCCGAGGAACCAGGUCCCAGUCCACCACCUCUGGUGCACAGGAACCAAUUCCCGGUCCACCACAUCUGGCGCUGAGCUCCUCGUCCCCAGGAACCAGGUGUGGUCCACCACCUCAGGUCCCGGUCCACCACCUCUGCCGCUGAGCGGUGAGGAAAAGCUCAGGUGGACAUCGUCCGUCAGCACUAGAAGCUGCGUGGAAACGUUUCACGCGCUUCUGUCCCCGCCAGACCUCAAGAGGACAAAAUCUCACUCAUCAAAGACCAACUGUGGUUUCAGUCGGACAGUCAAUGACUCCACGCUCGACUCUGAGUCACGUUUCCAUGGUGACUGAGAUCCGGUCCGUCCUUUUAGAGAAGCACACGCUGCAUGAACACAUCUGGGACUUUAGAUCGCGCCACAAAGACCACCUCCACCCUCAGGUCAGCUGUCACCAUGACGACAGUGAGACGAGGCUUCUGUAAACCCUCACAUCCACUUUAACGUCACCACCAGACAGAUCUAUUUUUAGAUUUUUUUAUAUUUCCCUCCAGGACAGAUUUGAGUCCCAUUUGAAUGUCCCUCCGUGAGAGCUGUGAGACCUCUGGGGACACAGCACUGAUAGACUAGCCCAGGGGUCGGUAACCCAAAAUGUUGAAAGAGCCAUAUUGGACCAAAACACAAAAAACAAUUAUGUCUGGAGCCGCAAAAAAUGAAAAGUCUUGUAUAAGCCUUAGAAUGAAGGAAAAUGGUGAAAGGUGAAAUGUCGAGAAAAAAGUCGAAAUGUCGAGGAAAUAGUAAAAAUUUCGAGAAAAAAGUCGAAAUGUUGAGAAAAAAUUCGAAAUGUCGAG